UCAGGUCUCAGGGGCGGGGCGUCCCGAUUCGGUUCCCCGGGCUACGGCGGCCUGCUGUUGGGCGAGUUUUGGUUGUGGACCGCGCAGCCAUGGAGACUUCUUCCGGCUUGAAGGCUGAUUGCGAGAAGCUGCUUGGCCGCUUUCAGGAGAUGGACAGUGUACGCUUCGAGGACUUCACGGAUCUCUGGAGGAAGAUGAAGUUUGGAACCAUCUUCUGUGGCAAAAUGAGAAAUUUAGAGAAGAACACAUUUACAAAAGAGGCUUUAGCUUUGGCUUGGAGAUAUUUUUUACCUCCAUAUACUUUCCAGAUCAGAGUUGGUGCUUUGUAUCUGCUGUAUGGGUUAUAUAAUACCCAACUGUGUCAACCAAAACAAAAGAUCAGAGUUGCUUUGAAGGAUUGGGAUGAAAUUUUAAAAUUUCAGCAAGAUUUGAUAAAUGCGCAACAUUUUGAUGCAGCUUAUAUUUUUAGGAAGCUACGACUAGACAGAGCAUUUCAUUUCACAGCAAUGCCUAAAUUGCUUUCAUAUAGAAUGAAGAAAAAAAUUCAGCGAACUGAAGUUACAGAAGAAUUUAAGGACCCAAGUGAUCGUGUAAUGAAACUUAUCACUUCUGAUGUAUUAGAGGAAAUGCUAAACAUUCAUGAGCAUUAUGAGAACAUUAAGCAUAAAAUUUCUGCUGAUAAGUCCAAACCAGACAAAGCCCUCAGCUUGAUAAAGGAUGAUUUUUUUGAUAAUAUUAAGAACAUAGUUUUGGAACAUCAGCAAUGGCACAAAGACAGACAGAAUCCAUCCUUAAAAUCAAGUCUUAAAGAUGAAGAAAAGAGAGAAGGAAAUGCACAAGAACCACAGAGAUGUGAAAGAGCUGAAUCAUUGGCAAAAAUAAAAUCAAAAGCCUUUUCAGUUGUUAUUCAGGCAUCCAAGUCAAGAAGGCAUCGUCAAGUCAAACUUGACUCUUCUGACUCUGACUCUGCAUCUGGUCAAGGACAAACCAAAGCAAUCAAGAAGAAAAGAGCCAAGCCAGCGGUGAAGUCAGCAGGAAGGAAGGUGUCUUCCAGGAGCAAAGGUAACGUGCGGAAUGGACGCAAAGAAGAAAAAUCUUUAAGUUUGAGUAUGCCUGUAAUUACAGAGGAGGAAGAAGAAAAUGACAGUUUUAAAGAAACAGAGUUCACUGCACCCAAGAGGAAAAGAAAACACUGA